AUGGGCGACAUCCACAGCUCCGAGGGAAAUAGUGAUAGCAAGUUGCUGUCCAACCCCAAUAGGGGCUACUACGGCAAAUCCUACCCCGGCCAGAGAUUCUUCGUCCAAGAGCCCGGUCCUUUCGGUGAGAAAUCCACCCGUGGUGGAACCUUGAUGGGAUGGUCUUUUAUCACCACACAUGGUGGAAAAGUCACGGGAUAUACCUCAAGCUAUGUGUUUCACAAGGACGGCAAGCAACCCAAUUUCGCGAUCGAAGAUGGAGAGAUGGCUGUAUACAACGGGAAGCGAAAAGGCAAAGAGUCAGAGAAUCCGUCUUCUUGGAGACGAUUGUCGGACAGUAGACUGGUGGAAAGUGUUGCGCAGAUGAGGAAGAAAACCCUAAAGGCGGAUGGGUGGACAAUGAUUGCUCCUCAUGAGUGGGCGAUAGAGGAAAUGCCGCGGAAGAUGAGCGUGGCACCGGAAAGUCCGUCCGAAGGUUCCGCAUCUAAGGAGACCUCCGAGUCAAAGGGGGACAGGAAACCUCAAUAUCAGAGUGCUCCGAUCGUUUCAUCCUCGUCGAAGGAGAGUCUGUUGCAGAGGUCUGCGGAUGAGGAUACCGAGCUCUUUGAGUCACUCUUCUCAAAGAAGAGGCGAAAGGAACAUGCCGAGAAAUUCUUCAUGUCGCUGCUGGCGAAGGGCCAGCCAUGGCUUGGAGCCAGAUCGUCGCUGGCGCAUCCAAUCGUAUUCGACCCCAACGUUCCGUGGGAAAUGCUCCCCUACAAGGCGUUCACCCAUACCACCCCCCAAUGCGCAGCACUCGGCCAUUUCCUCUCGCGAUCCGAAACUGACAAGCCUACAAACCCCUUGAUGAAGUCCCCAAACUUCACCAUCAUCAUCCGAGACAUAGGCCGCUUCGACCAUACUGGCCGCCAGCCGGGCCUCAUGAUCCAGGCAACAAAUUUUAGCAUCCGCCAGCUCGAUAGGGGAUUUGUGCCUGGAGAGAGGAGGGUUGAGAUCUGGAGAAACGGGGAGACGUUUUGUUUUCCUGGUGUGAUUGCCGUUAUGGCGGAUAGGUGUGCGUGGUUCUUGGGGGACGAGGAGCUAAGAAGGGGCGAGUGGAUUAUGGAGAUGGAAAAAAGGAAAAAUCUGGUCUCGGGAGUGGGCUUGGGGCAGCCAUAA